CCUGGAGCGGCGGACCGCGGCCACCCACCCCGCCGUCUCACGCCACCGCGGAAUCCGGCACUCACCUCGCGCCCGCCCCCACGUGUCCUUCCCCUGCCGCCCGCGGGCCCCGCCUGUCACCCACCUCCCCCCAAUGUGGUGGGCAGGCGAAAGCGACGCGUGAAGGGGAGCGCUGCGCACGGCCCCCCUACCACCACCCCCCCGAUGGGUUCCCCCUCGAUAGCCGCGCCGCUCUCUGCUGACCCUGCGUCCCCGUUCCCCAUUUGCUCCCAAGGCUCGUCCCCCAUCUGUUCCGCCGCCGCCGCCCCCUAAGCCCGCGCCCCGCUCGGCUCCGGCUCCGGCCCCGCCUCAGCGCUGGUGGUGUGCUCCGUGGGGCGCCACUCCGCGCGAUCCGCCGCGGCUCCGUCCGUCCGGCUCGAUUUGGGGAGCCCUGCGGCAACCUCCGGAGCAGCAUGUGACACCGGUACUCUUCACAAUGAAGGAGAGGAGUUCUUUAUGUGAUAGUGCAGCAGAUGGUAAUUGGGUUUCCAAAUACAAAAGAAAGCGAAGCAAGUUAACAGCUAGCUCAUCAAAUGAGCAUGAGGGUGCAUCACCAACAUCAGACUCUUUAAGGAACAAUGAUUCCAUAAAAAGGAGGUUCAAGCAUGACAAUAACAUUUCUUCAUCAACCAAGAAGAUAAGAGGGCAUGAUGGGUAUUUCUAUGAGUGUGUAGAAUGUGACCUUGGCGGCAAUUUGCUGUGUUGCGAUAGCUGUCCACGAACGUACCACUUGGAAUGUCUUAAUCCUCCUCUUAAGCGUGCACCACCUGGGAAUUGGCAAUGUCCAAGAUGUCGUACUAAACAAGUUAGCUUGAAGUUGUUAGGCAAUGCGGAUGCUGAAACUUCCAAACGUGAAACGAGGAGAAUGCGUGCAAGCACCACAUCAGAAAGCCCGUCUCUUCAUAACAAAGUCUCUCCCAACACCCGGAGCCCAAUCCAAGAGAAACGUGAAUUGAAGGAGGGUGAUCUCACUGUGAAGGAUAAUGAAGUUCUGAAAAAGAAGCCAUUGAUAGUACAUUUGAAGAAGCGCCCAAUCAAGGAAUUAUCUGCAAUUACCAAGCCCUUGAAUUCAGGACUCCUUGCUAAGUCCUCAGAAGAGAAACAGGAAAAACAUGGAGCUGCUUUGAAGAUAAAGAAACAUUUGCGCUCCAUGGAUUUGUCUCCGAAGAAAUAUAAAAGCAAGAGGCAACAUAGUCAUAGAGACUCUAAGCGAUCUGAAACAAGAAAGCUUAGAUAUUUGGCAACAGAGGUUGACAGUGAUUCAUCAAUGGAACCAUCUACGUCUCCUGACCACAGCGAGUCACCGCCAAAGAGAAAAUCAUUGGAUGGAAGAACCCCUACAUCUAGUACCAAGAAAGGCAAAAAGAAAGUGAAAUUUGUUGAUAAACAGCAUGCUGAGGUGCUAGGUGUGGCAGAGAACAAAAUAAUGACUCCUCAACAGGAUCGGCAGGUUGACCGCAUCCUUGGUUGUCGCCUUCAGACAAGCCAAAUCAUUUCACAGCCUCAUGCUUCAUCAGAUCAGAUUGAAUUAUCUAAUUCCCAGACGGAAGAUAUUGCUCCUCCUAGUGUUUCCAGUGCACUAAUACGGUCUUCAAACAAUGAUACUGAUACCACUCUGGAGGAUGUAUACGCCGAUGAAUCUGCAAAUCUUGCUGGCGGACAUUGUUUGGAUGGUGUUGAAGCACAAAAGGAGAGUUGUGGUAAAUCCUGUGAUAGUAAGGAGUCAGUGAACCGAGCGGAAAUCAUGAAGACGGUGUCAGAACAUUGCAUUGAUCAAAUCAUCACAGUAAAGGAUUCUGGAGUAGUAGGAAAAGACAUGGCUUCAACAAAUUGUGAAUUUGAGGCAGUAUCUGAUGGAACAUCAGAAGGAAAAUCAGAAAAGGGUGACAUCGAGCUUUCAGUUUCCAAAGCAGAUGUAAGAGUACAUACCAAGCAAGAGCAUACACCUGAAAUUAAAGUACAUGGAAACAUAAAUGCAAUUGCUGGAAAGGACCAUGAUGUUACUGCAUUUGAAUUUUUGGUCAAAUGGGUUGGAAAAUCAAACAUCCAUAACAACUGGAUUUCUGAAUCUGAACUGAAAACAUUAGCGAAACGGAAACUAGAAAAUUACAAAGCAAAGUAUGGAAUGGGCUUGAUAAACAUUUGCAAGGACCAGUGGUGCCAACCACAACGUGUUAUUGCUCUGCGCGCUUCCUUAGAUGAAGUAGAAGAGGCUUUAAUCAAAUGGUGUGGCCUUCCUUAUGACGAAUGCACUUGGGAAAGGUUAGAUGAACCUAUCAUGCUGAAGUAUGUCCAUUUGGUUACUCAGUUCAAGAACUUUGAAUGCCAGGCUUUGGAUAAGGACACGAAAGGUAGCUGUGCAAAUGCAAGAAACUGCCAAGAGUUGGUUGAGCAGCCAAAAGAACUUCAGGGAGGCAUGCUCUUCCCUCAUCAACUGGAAGCAUUGAACUGGCUGCGCAAAUGUUGGUACAAGUCAAAAAAUGUUAUCCUUGCUGACGAGAUGGGUCUUGGAAAGACAGUGUCAGCUUGUGCUUUUCUAUCAUCCCUGUGCUGUGAAUUUAAGAUUAACUUGCCUUGUCUUGUCUUGGUUCCUCUAUCUACUAUGCCAAAUUGGAUGGCUGAAUUUGCAUCUUGGGCACCUCACUUAAAUGUUGUGGAGUAUCAUGGUUCUGCACGGGCGAGAUCUAUAAUUCGUCAAUAUGAGUGGUAUGAGGGUGAUGCAAACCAGAUAGGGAAAACCAAGAAGUCUCACAAGUUCAAUGUCUUGCUCACCACUUAUGAAAUGGUGCUUGUUGAUGCUACAUACCUUCGCUCUGUAUCAUGGGAAGUUCUUAUAGUUGAUGAGGGGCAUCGUCUGAAGAAUUCUAGCAGUAAACUCUUCAGUUUGCUCAAUACAUUUUCAUUUCAGCACAGGGUUUUGUUGACUGGAACCCCCUUACAGAACAACAUCGGUGAAAUGUAUAAUUUAUUGAACUUCCUACAGCCUGCUUCUUUCCCUUCUCUAGCAUCAUUUGAGGAGAAGUUUAAUGACCUUGCGACAGCAGAGAAAGUGGAGGAGCUUAAGAAACUGGUAGCUCCACAUAUGCUUCGUAGGCUGAAAAAGGAUGCAAUGAAAAAUAUCCCCCCGAAGACAGAGCGAAUGGUGCCAGUUGAACUGACAUCAAUCCAGGCAGAAUACUACCGUGCUAUGCUUACAAAGAACUACCAAGUACUGCGUAACACUGGAAAAGGUGGCGCUCAUCAGUCAUUGCUCAACAUAGUAAUGCAGCUUCGGAAAGUCUGCAACCAUCCAUAUCUUAUUCCUGGAACUGAGCCAGAUUCAGGUUCACCAGAGUUUUUGCACGAAAUGAGAAUAAAGGCCUCCGCAAAGUUAGCUUUGUUACAUUCUAUGCUCAAAAUUUUGAACAAGGAUGGUCAUCGUGUUCUCAUUUUUUCUCAGAUGACAAAACUUCUUGACAUCCUUGAAGAUUAUCUGACUCUGGAAUUUGGUCCUAAAACAUUUGAAAGAGUAGAUGGUUCAGUAUCUGUGGCAGAACGCCAGGCAGCGAUCACUCGCUUCAAUCAGGACAAGACUCGUUUUGUAUUUUUGCUAUCUACACGGUCAUGUGGUCUUGGGAUCAAUUUGGCAACUGCAGAUACAGUUAUUAUAUACGAUUCUGAUUUCAAUCCACAUGCUGAUAUACAGGCAAUGAAUAGGGCACACAGGAUUGGGCAGUCAAACAGACUUUUAGUUUACAGGCUUGUAGUGCGUGCUAGUGUUGAGGAGCGUAUUUUGCAACUUGCCAAGAAGAAAUUGAUGCUUGAUCAACUUUUUGUUAACAAAUCCGAAUCGCAGAAGGAAGUGGAAGAUAUCAUCCGCUGGGGAACUGAGGAGCUCUUCAGAAAUAGCGAUGCUGUGAAUGGUAAAGACAAUGAUGAAGCUUCUGGUGCUAAACACGAUGUAUGCGAUGUAGAGGUUAAGCACAGGAGGAGAACUGGUGGCCUGGGUGAUGUUUAUGAGGAUAAAUGUAUUGGUAGUUCUACUAAUCUUAUUUGGGAUGAAAAUGCCAUCAUGAAGCUUCUUGAUAGAUCUAACCUCCCAACAACAGUAGCUGAAAGCACUGAUGGGGACCUGGACAAUGAUAUGCUUGGCACCGUGAAGUCAAUCGAUUGGAACGACGAGGUGAAUGAUGAUCCUGGUGCCACUGAGGACAUUCUUAAUAUUGAUAAUGGUGGUUGUGAGCAGGCAUCCGAAACAAAACAGGAUGCUGCUAAUCCUGUGGAAGAAAAUGAAUGGGAUAAACUUUUACGUCUCAGAUGGGAGCAGUAUCAAAUCGAGGAGGAAGCGUCUCUUGGUCGAGGCAAGCGUUUAAGGAAAGCUGUUUCUUACAGGGAAACCUUUGCAGCGAUUGCUAACGAAGCUUUAAGUGAGGACUCUGAUGAUGGGGAUGAACCAAGGCGAGAGUACACUGCAGCUGGAGUGGCUUUGAAAGAAAAAUAUGGAAAGCUCCGAGCUAGACAAAAGGAAAGGAUUGCUCAGCGGCACACAAUCAAGAACUAUGCUGAUAAUAAACUUGAAGAUUUCAUAAAACUAUAUGACUCUAGUGUUAAUGAAUAUGGUGCGAACCCUUUGACAAUUGUAGAAGAUCCUGACGCCGCACAGCCAUCUGGGGCAAAACGUUUGAGUGAUUCUACUACAGAAUUGAGGCAUUCCUCAAAGAAAGCAAAGAGAUAUACUGAAAUUUCUCGAGAGCAUCAUGCCAAGCUUUCCACGAAUGCUACUCCGUCGAAGCACCAAUCAAAGGGGAGCGAUGUCUUAAAUCCAGGGACUCCACAUAACCUUUUACCUGUUCUUGGCCUUUGUGCUCCAAAUGCUGAUCAGGUAAAUUCGUACAAGAAUUCAAUUUGUGCGCCAAGCAUGAAGGAGCAAAAAAGAGCUAGUGGGGAAGUAGGCAACAAAUCACUGUCACCUGCUCCUGACCAUUCUAGUGAGCAUAAAAAUGAUGGCCAAUCAGCUCCUAGCAAGCCUAUGUUUUAUGGUUCAUCCGAGACUUUGCAAAGGCUGAAUAACAUCAUUCCAGAUAGUUACUUCCCCUUCAAUCCUAUUCCUCCGAUGUCUGGGAAGGGGCUUUAUGAUCCUGUCGAAAAUCCGGUAUCUUCCAUUGCUUCAUUUCAAGGGAAGCUGGGUCUCCCAAACUUUAGUCUGGAUGACAAUAUCCCACAUAAGAAUAUGAAGUCGGUACCAGAUCUAUUUCCCAACUUCUCACUGGGCACUAGCAAGGAGUAUGUUCAUAAUCCUGUCCCCGAAUUGCCAAAUAGUUCAUUUCUACCAAACUUCAUGGCUGAUAUUGCUGGAACUUCAAAGAAGUCUAGGUCAAAAUUCAUGGCAGAUAUGUCUGCCUUUCUUCCAGGGUUGGGUAUUAGCCCAGUUCAACCGAUUCAUUCGGCAAUGCCUGAAAAUCACAAGAAGGUAUUGGACAAUAUAAUGAUGCGUGCUCAGUAUGCCUCAAAUAAAUUCUUGAAAAAGAAGUCAAAACCAGAUUAUUGGUCAGAAGAUGAACUUGAUGCUUUGUGGAUUGGAGUUCGUAGGCAUGGAAGGGGUAAUUGGGAUGCCAUGCUUAGAGAUCCAAAGUUGAAGUUUUUGAACCACCGCACUAAUGAAGAACUGGCCUUGAGAUGGAUUUUGGAGGAGCAGAAAAUCAUGGAGGAACCAGUGCCUACAGCCACCAGAAGUUCCAACACUAUAUUUCCUGGAAUAUCUGAUGCAAUGAUGUCUCGGGCACUAAGUGGAAGUAACUUUUCCAAACUAAGGACGGAGGCACCUAAGUUGCAAUCACACCUAACUGAUAUUCAAUUAGGUUGCACUGAUAUACCUUCCAGAUUUCCUCAUGUUGAGCCUACGAAUUACAUGGGUCAAAGUGAGGGUGGUCCAUCUCUGACCCCAUGGAAGGAUUUCAAGCAUAAAAUGGGUUACGGUAGCGAUUUUCCUGGAAGUACAUCUGACAAAUGGGAGAAAAUUGAUGGUGGAGUGGUCCCACCGUAUGUGCCAAAUCCUUUUAUGAUGGAAAGCAUUGGUUCUCUGCCCAUAAACGUACGGAACAGUAGUUCCAUUCAGCAGAAUGAAUUUGCAUCAAGUUCUCAAGAGAACAUUCUUCUUCACGGUGUUUCAGAUGGCCAGAUCGAUCUGUUCCAUGAGAUGCAACGGCGUGUGAAGUUAGGCAAACAACCCAUAGAGAUGAAUCUGUAUCACACAAAGCACUCCAACCCUCUACUUGAAAGGUCUGGUAUCUUUGGAAGUUCAAAAUCAAACAAACUACCGCAUUGGCUUCAGGAGGCUGUGCGUGCCCCUCCAUCGAAGCCACCUGCAUGUGAGCUACCGGCAACUGUUUCAGCAAUUGCUCAGUCUGUGUGCCUACUUCUUGGAGAACAAAAACCUGCAAUACCUCCUUUCCCUAUCCCAGGACCUCGUCUUUCUCGCCCGAAGGACCCAAGGAAUGCUCCAAAGAAGAGGAGAGUCCAUAGGGUUCAUCAAACUUCCACCCAGAUCGAACAUUCCAAAAUUGGAUCUGGGCAAGGUGAUGUCUUAUGUACUCCAGCAUCACAAUUAGUGGAUGUUCCACGUGCCUCUCCCGCAGUUGAUAAUAAUGGUGCCCCUUCACUCAACUUGAACUCUCCAUCAUCAUCUUCCGCUGGCAGUCAGGGGCAAGAUGGGACACCUCCUUCCGCUUUUGAAGAAACACACAAAACAGUGGGUGCUUCAGAAGCUAAUAUUGCUACUUGCCCGUCAAGGUCAGAGGCUCCUGAAACUGGUUGUCAGAUAACUGAGUUUUCUGGGGUAGAUGAUAUUGCUAGUGAGUCUUAUAGAUCGCCAUCGAGGGAUAUUCCUGCCCCCUGUGCCCCGAGGAACGAUUUGUCAGGAUCAGAUAAUUCAGUUUCACCUACAGAACUAUCUAUGUUGCCAGUAGUUGAUGCAACUGGUAUAAGCACCACACAAGCUGUAGGGGAUCUAUCGAGUGAUGGUCAGGAGUUGGAACAAGACAACAUAUUAGAAAGCGAUGUAGUCAUGAACGAUGUGGAGAAGCUGUCAGAUAAACCUAUGCCUCUUGACGAGAAUGUGGAUUCAAGUGCGUCACAUUCAAUUUCAGUUCAGAUUGUUGAUGAAGAUAAAGAUGACGUCGUCAUCGUCGCAGAUGAGCAUUAGACUUGAGCAAUGAGUUCAGAUUUCUUUUUCGUCCAUUUAGCUCUGGGAUUUUCCCUUCCCCAAUGUCCCCCACUGUGGGUGGUUGUGUUGUGUUUGUACCCUUAGUUAAACUCCAGCGACCAGUAGUUUAGCACUAGUCCGGCCGGACCAACUCUCGAAAGCCUCUAUAUACACGAAAUGUAUAUUUGCUAACCUGGUGUGGACUGUGGACUAGUAUAUUCAUUUAUUUAUGUGUGCAUGGUUAAGAAAGUUGGUCCUUCUA